AUGGACUUUAAGCAAUUAUAUGAUGAAAUGUGCCAAAAAUACCAGUAAAUGGAGGAAGAAUAUAAUCAGUUUAUUGAAGAAAGUCAAAUUUUGGAAGAUCAAUAAUAGAAGAACAUUGAGACUUUAAACAAACAACUAGCGCAAACCUAAAAUUAGUUAUUGUAACAAAAAGAAGAAACACAAAAAGCAAGAAAUGAACUAUAAUAGAUUCAAAAUCAAUUAGAAAAACAAUUAGCAAAAAAGGAAGCUCAAAUUUAAGAGUUUUAAAAAAUUGUGCAAUCUCUGAAAAUAUAGAUCAUCGACUUAGAAGUUGAUUAAGAUCUAAAUAAAAAUAAGAUUAGGUAGCUGGAAGAAACCAAUAAAGAUUUAGAAAUUAAACUAGAUAAAGUUUUAGAGUAAUUAGCAAUGGCUUAAACCGAUUUAGAGAAUAACAAACUUCAAUCUUAGGAAGAGAUUGAGCGUCUAAGGCAAACAUUAAAAGAAAAUCAAGACGAAUUGUUUGCAGCAAAAAGCUCUAGAGUUAGUAUAACAACUUCAAUUCCAGAAGUUGUAAAAAUGCCUAAGAUUGAUUCUUUAAGAGCAAAUGCAGCUGGAUUUAACAAAAGUCUGACUUUAAUAUAAGCUUUGAUUAAAGAUCUUGAUGAUAAAAUGACAUUAAUUAGAUAACCUAAGCCAUGA